AUGGAAGAAAUUUGGAAGCUAAGCCAUUUGUUGGUGACGGUAUUUCUAUACACUUUUGCAACCAUGAUGGUCAUUCCAGCCAUUACAGACGUCACCGUGUCCGCUCUCUGUCCGGGUCGAGACGAGUGCUCUCUCGCCAUUUACUUCACGGGGUUUCAACAAAUCGUGACGGGGCUUGGAGCAUUGCUUUUGAUGCCAUUGCUUGGAAACCUCUCUGAUAGUUUGGGAAGGAAGACUCUACUUACUAUUCCCAUGGUUCUCACCGUAAUUCCCAUUGGAAUAUUAGCAUAUGGGAGGUCGAGAGAUUUGUUCUUUGUUUAUUUUGUGUUGAAGUGUAUAACGAGUACAAUUUGUGAUGGGAGCGUUCAGUGCUUAGCUGUUGCAUAUGCGGCCGAUAAUGUAUUGGAGCACCAGCGAGCUGUUGCAUUCGGAUUGCUAUCCGCCAUUGGAUCUUCUGCUUCCUUCUGCGGGACUCUUUGUGCUCGUUUUCUCUCCAUUUCAUCCACUUUUAAGGUAGCGGCUUCCACGGCGGCUGCGGCGACGGUGUAUAUGAGGAUUUUUCUUACUAAUUCUGUCACCGAUUGUAAUCUUUCUACUCCCCUAUUGUCCGGAGAGAGUGUAGAAUCUGUUUCUUUGGACCGAGUUUCACCCAAAAAAGAAAAAAAUACUACCACAUUGCCUUCAGUGAAGGACCUUUUUUCCCUGUUGAGGACUAGCUUGACAUUUUUACAACUCGCCGUUGUUGCAUUUUUUAGCAAUCUCGCUGAUGAAGGUCUUCGUGCUUCUAUACUGUACUAUUUAAAAGCCAAAUUUCAAUUUAACAAGGAUGGGUUUGCUAAUUUGAUGUUGAUUUUUGGGGUUGCAUCGACUAUUUCACAGCUACUUUUAAUCCCCAUCUUGGUUCCACUUCUAGGAGAGAACAAGAUGCUCUCAAUUGGGCUCUUUGUCUUCUGCAUUCAGACGUUUCUUUACAGCUUUGCUUGGGCUGAUUGGGUUGUUUAUGUUGCUGGAAUGCUUUCCAUUUUAUUUAUCUUUUGGCGUCCUUGCUUGCAAAGCAUAGUGUCGAAGCAAGUUGAUGCAAGCGAGCAGGGUAAGGCUCAAGGGUGCCUUUCAGGCAUAUCUUCAUUUUCCAGUGCUUUUUCUCCAUUAAUAUUUUCUCCUUUAACAGCUUUGUUUCUCUCUGAAAACGCCCCAUUUUAUUUCCCUGGAUUUAGCAUCAUGUGCGCUGGAUCUUUUGUGAUGAUAGCAUUUGUCCAAAGUAUCCUGAUUAAAGCUCCUGUCGAGGACAUCAGUAGUAGCCAUGUGGAAGCAUAGUUUUUGUUCUACCCCUGCUCAUAUUUUUGUUUUUAACGUUAACUAAGUAUAAAUACUAGGUUGCUUUAUUUUAGAAAAAUUUUGUAUUUCUGGGACAAGAAUAUUAUUUCCCCAGAUUUAUUUUUCCUCUCUCCCUUU